AUGUCGGACCGUGUUAGUCAACUCGCAGGCCAUCUCAACUACCCCAAAGGUCUACUUGCAGGCCAAGUAGCAAUCAUUACAGGUAGCGGCCAAGGCAUCGGCGCGGAAGCAGCGAGAUUAUUCGCUAAAGAGGGCGCAAAGGUUAUUGUUGCAGACAUUGACGCGGAAAAAUGCAAGGCUGUCGCUGAAAGCAUAAACAAGGACGGCGGCCAAGCCAAAGUCGUGCCUGGCGAUAUCCUAAAAGCAGAUUACGUUGAGACUCUGAUCAAGAGCGCCGCUGACUUUGGCGACGGCAAGAUCAACAUUAUUGUCAAUAACGCUGGCUACACUUGGGAUGGCGUUAUUCACAAAAUGACGGACAAGCAGUGGGAUACUAUUCUCGCCCUGCAUUGCACCGCUCCAUUUACUCUUGUUAGAGCUGCAGCACCAUACUUUCGCGUAAAGGAUGGUGCUCCUCGCUGCAUCGUCAACAUAUCGUCUACAUCUGGUGUCCACGGAAACGCGGGCCAGCUCAACUAUGCCCUUGCUAAAGCGGGUGUUACUGGCUUCACUAAGACGAUUGCAAAGGAGUGGGGUCCCUCUUUUGGCGUGAGGGCGAAUACCGUUGCCUUUGGACAUAUUCUCACGCGAUUGACAGCGGCUAAGGAGGAGGGUGCGUUUGUAAAGGGUCCAGACGGUGAGCAGAUUGCGCUGGGUAUCCCGGCGAAGCAGAAGCAAGCUGCUGGAGAUGCUGCUUUUGCGGAUAUUCCUCUCAGAAGGGCAGGUACCCCCACUGAAGCUGCGAGUGCUAUUUUGGCCGUGGCCAGUCCUUUGUUUUCUUAUGUUACAGGACAGACCAUCAUGGUGACCGGAGGACGUAACAUGUAA